AUGAUGUGGACCUUACACGACAACACUGGAUUUGUUUUCUUUUUCUGUUUAUGUCUCCAGGUUGGAUUUUCCCUUGAAGGGAAGUUUACCGAUUUCCCCUCCAACAUAACUGCCAGGGAGGGACAGAACAUUGAAAUGGCGUGCGCCUUUCAAAGUGGAACGUCUUCAGUGUACUUGGAGAUUCAGUGGUGGUUUAUAAGAGCGCCGGAGGAACCCACUCCUAGCGAAGAAGAGGACACUGACACAGAGUCAGACACCAUCCCAGAGAUUGACCCGGAUGAUGAAGGAAUGAAAAUUAGUACAGUUAAAGUCCAAGGGAACGACAUCUCUCACAAACUUCAGAUAUCCAGGGUGUCCAAGAGUGACGAGGGCCUUUACGAGUGCAGGGUGACCGACGCCAAUUAUGGCGAGCUUCGCGAGUACAAGGUCCAGGCUUACCUGAAAGUGAACGCAAGCGUCCGACCCCGAAACCGAGCCAUCAAAAAAUCAUCCCCAUUGCACCUCACGGACAAGAAACCCCGCAAGAUGAGUUCAGCCGCAGCUCCGGAAAAUGGCAUGAGUUCAGACCAGCAAAUCCAGUCCUCCUCUACCUCCAAGACGUCACAAUCCAAAACAGUAAAACACAAUGCAGGGUCAGGUACAAGGAUAGCCACACCCCAGGGACUUGCUAUCUUUCUUCUCACUUGUGGCUUUGUGAGGGGUGCAUUGCUAUAG